AUGAACGUGCCCCACCUCCUCCCUUCCCCGCCGUCCUCGCCUCCUAAUUUCCUUUUCCAUUUUCCAAUUUUAUUUUAAAUCCUCGCUGCACAUGACAUGAACAUGACUCCCUCGAGAUCUUCCACUUCUCCUCCUCCUCCUCCACCACACCGCCAAAAACCCUAGCUCCCUAAAUCCUCUUCACUUUCUAGAUUUCGGAAACCGGAAUUUGGAUUUUGCAAUUUUUUAAACCGUUUUAUGGUUCUGCCGAUGCCGAGGAUCGUCGAUUGACUCGAUGGUGUGGAGGCUAUUUGAUGAAGCUAUUGCGGAGAUACUCGAGGAUUCUGAUCCUCUGCUUCCUCUCUUUCUCUGUUCUCGCUCCUGUUUUUCUACUGUCGCAUCGCCUCAAACAUGCCGAUGUACCUGAAGAAUUUAUUGAAGAUUUAUCGUUCAUUAAACAUAGGACGGAGGCUCAUUUACUUAGUGCGAUUGGGCAGGAAGGAGUUCGAGGUUUGAAAGAACCAACGCUGCUGGUGUACAAAGAUGAUCACUCUAAUUCUUCGAUUAACGUUAGUUCUGAUGAUGAUACAAGAUUUGGCGAUGUCAGAUUUGCAACAGAUGGUACCCACUUACCGAAAAACAAUGCUACCAGACAUGACAGAGAUGAAGGUAGCCAGAAAAAAGAGCUGGAAGAAGAAUUGCCAGUGUCUGAUGUAAAGGAAGUGUCACAUAUAGGCAGAGGACAUGAUAACUCGGUUGCACGCACCAGACAGGGGACAAGGAUAGUAGAUGAAACAGUAAAAGAGAUGAAAGACCAGGUGAUUAGGGCUAGAGCAUACUUAAACUUCACACCAACAAAUAGCAGUUCUCAUUUUGUCAAAGAGUUGAAGCUUCGAAUGAGAGAGCUCGAACGAGCUAUAAGUCAGUCCACCAAAGAUUCUAGAGUAUCUAGGAGUUCUCUGCAGAAGAUGAAAGCAAUGGAAUCUACCCUGUCAAAAGCUAGUCGUCUGUACCCUGAUUGUACUGCCAUGAUAAAGAAACUACGUGCCAUGACUUAUAGUGCGGAAGAGCAGGUUCGGUCUCAGAGUAAACAAGAAGCUUUCCUAAGAGGGCUUGGUGCAAGAACCAUACCAAAAGGCUUUCACUGCCUCUCUAUGAGGUUGACCGCUGAAUAUUUUGCCUUGACGCCUGAGGAAAGAGAGCUUCCUUACCAACAUAAAUUACAAGAUCCAUAUCUUUACCACUUUGCCCUGUUCUCUGACAAUGUAUUGGCUUGUGCAGUUGUUGUGAACUCAACUGUCUCCACUGCCAGGGAACCGGAGAAAGUAGUUUUUAAUAUAGUGAGUGAUUCACUAAACGUGCCAGCUAUUUCAAUGUGGUUCUUACUGAACCCUCCCGGAAAAGCUACAGUUAAUGUGGAGAGCAUCGAUAAUUUUCAAUGGCUAGCCACCAAAUAUGAUGUAACUUUGGGGAAGGAAGGUUCAGUUGAUCAGCGAUAUACUUCUGAGCUGAACCACCUCCGGUUUUAUUUACCAGAUAUUUUUCCUCGUCUGAACAAGAUUGUCUUUCUUGAUCAUGACGUGGUAGUGAAAAAGGAUUUAACACAACUUUGGAGCAUCGACAUGAGAGGCAAAGUAAAUGGGGCUGUAGAGACUUGUAAGGAAGGGGAGAUCUCAUUCCAUCGCAUGGAUAUGCUAAUUGAUUUCACAGACCCAAUGGUGGCUAAAAAAUUUAAGGCCAACUCAUGCACGUGGGCUUUUGGGAUGAAUCUGUUUGAUCUUAAUGCGUGGAGGCGGCGGAAUCUAACUGUUCUAUAUCACAAAUACCUUCGUUUGGGGAAACAAAGACAAUUAUGGCUAGCGGGAAGCUUGCCCAUAGGUUGGGCCACCUUCUACAAAGACACUCUCCCAUUAGACAAGAGUUGGCAUGUACUCGGGUUGGGAUACGACGCAGGUGUGAGGACGGAGGACAUAGAACGGGCAGCCGUUGUACAUUUUGAUGGAAUCAUGAAACCGUGGUUGGAUAUCAGGAUAGACAAGUACAAGCACUUGUGGAAUAAACAUGUCAAGUUUGAGCAUCCGUAUCUACAACAAUGCAAUCUCCACGCCUAGUUGGAUUCAUAACAUAGCAUUCUUUGUCAUUUUUCAACAUUUUUUUACAUGUAUAUCUCAACUCUCAUCUUUACCUUCUCUCAAUAUAAUUUUUGUUCCUUUC